CGGUCCGUUUUCCACCUGCCUCAGCGUACAAGUGUACUACACACCAAUCCGGUCCAGUCUUCAUCAUUCUGCCCUUUUUUGUUAUUCACACUCCAAAAUUCACAGUCCACAGUUCCCAGUCUUCUUUCAUUCAACCCUCUCUCAUUCGGCGGGAUGUUUUGCGCUUAGGAUUUUGUAGAAUUGUGGAAACGAAGAAGCCGAAAAUGGCACCAACGUCGUCGAAAGGGAAGGAGAAGGUGGUCUACGGCGGCAAGGGUUCAGGCAAGAGGAACCGGAGCUUCGACGACGAUCAGGCUGGCGGUGCGAAGCGGAGGAACCGACAAGUCCUUCAGUUCUUCGACGAUGCCGCGUACGAGGUCGGCCAGGAUGAAGACGACGACAGCGACGACUCAUUUCUCGCUGAUGACGAUUUCUUUGCAGAUGAGUUGGACUUGGAGACUGUAGUUCAAAUUGACUUUGAGAACGAACCUAAUGGAGCUCCUUUUCUGCCCGUGAAAGAGGAGCGACCGACCGAAGAUGAAUUUGACAUGUUAAUGGAACAGCGGUAUGCACCAGGCUCUGGCUUUGUUAGAUAUGCAGAAGAUCAUUAUGAGAGCAAAAAUGUAAUGGAUAUUGAUCAUCCAUUGGCUUCUGUCAAGGAACCCACUGUCUGGAAAGUCAAGUGCGCGGUUGGGCGUGAAAGGCAUUCUGCAUUCUGUCUCAUGCAAAAAUACGUGGAUGUGAAAUACCUUGGAAACAAGCUGCAGAUCAUUUCCGCGUUUUCAGUUGACCACAUUAAGGGUUUCAUUUAUGUCGAAGCUGAUAAUCAGCGUGAUAUUUAUGAGGCUUGCUAUGGUUUGCCUAACAUAUAUUUAAGUCGAGUGGCACCUGUAUCAAGGGAUGAUGUUACCCUUCUGUUUUCUGUACGGAGCACGGGUAGUAAUAUUAAAAAGGGAAUGUGGGCACGAGUGAAGAGUGGGAAGUACAAAGGGGAUUUAGCUAAGGUCGUUGCUGUAAGUGAUGGAGAAAAGAAAGUGACAGUGAAGCUUGUUCCAAGAUUAGAUUUGCAAGCACUGGCAGAAAAAAUUGGCAGAGGUACUACCGCUAAGAAGGCUGUUACCCCAGCACCGAGACUCAUUAGCAGCAGUGAACUUGAGGAGUUCCGGCCUCUGAUUCAAUUUCGUCGGGAUCGUGAUACUAACUUAGUAUUUGAAGUUCUUGAUGGAAUGAUGUUGAAGAGGGGUUAUUUGUAUAAGAAAGUAUCUGUUGAUUCCUUAAGUUUUUGGGGUGUAACACCCACAGAAGAUGAGCUUCUUAAGUUUGAACCUUCAAAUAAUGAUGAUGAAGGCAAAGAUUUGGAGUGGCUAUCCGAGCUUUAUGGUGAACAGAAGAAAAAACGCUCUUUACUAUGUGAGAAAGGUGGUGGUAAAGGUGGCGGUAAAGGAGAUGCUUCGUCAAGCUCUAGUAUGGGCAGUAAUUUUGAAGUCAAUGACCUAGUAUUUAUUGGGAGGAAGGAUUUUGGGAUUAUCAUUGGCUCUGAGAAGGAUGGAAUGUUCAAGAUCCUCAGGCCAGGCCCAGAAGCACCAAUAGUUUCCAAUCUUCCGGGUCGUGUUUUAAAGAAUGCAGUAUUUGAUAAAAAGUUAUUUAGCGUACUUGACCGGCAAUCAAAGAAGAUAUCAAUCAAUGAUACAGUCAGAGUUGCAGACGGUCCAUUAAAGGAUAGAGAAGGUUUUGUGAAGAGAAUUUACCGAGGGAUUGUAUUUCUGUACAAUGAAACUGUAGAUGAGAAUAGUGGCUACUUCUACAUAAAGGCUCAGAUGUGUGAAAAAGUUGAGAUUGCUGUUGAAGCAUGUAAUGAGAAGGGUGGUGACCCAGGCUUCUCAGGUUUUGGGGAUUUCCCUUCUUCUCCUAAAUCCCCGCUAUCCCCUAAGCAAUUUGAUGAAGGAAGAGAUGGUGUCCGAAAAUUCAAGAGGGAAGAAGAUGCUAUGUUUUCUGUUGGACAAUUGUUGAGAAUUCGUGUGGGCCCUUUGAAGGGAUACCUCUGUCGGGUAUUGGCAAUACGGCGUUCUGAUGUCACAGUGAAGCUUGAUUCAAAGCAUAAAAUUCUUACAGUCAAAUGUGAGCAUCUCACGGAAGUUCGUUCAAGAAGCUCUGGAAUUUCUUUGGGGGAUGACUCUGGCGUUACAAAACCAUUUGAUCUGCUUGGAACACAGGAUGGGUCGACAGAUUGGACGGAUGGAGCCUCGAAACCCACAGAAGGUGGAAGUUGGAAUGCUGAUGGUUUUUCUACUGAAAGGAGCUCUUCCUGGGAGACUAAACCUACUUCUGGUCAGGGUACUUCAUGGGGAACAGCUGCAGCUGUUCCUGAUACCUCUAUUAAUGGUUGGGGAAAUCAGGAAGAUGCUAGUAAGAAGCCUACAGAAGAUUCUUGGGGUCGAGCAGCAGGUGAUGCGAGCAUCAAUGAUGAUUCUAGUGGAAGCAAGUCAGCCUGGAAUGCUUCAGGAGUUUCUUCAGCAAAGCCAACUGUAGGAUGGGGAAAUAGUGGAGAAUCUUUUCAUGCACCUGAAGUCACUAUGUGGAAUAAAGCCACGACUUCAGGCGAAGGUCAAACUGAUAGCUGGGCAGCCAAGAGUAAAGAUGGGGAAGGAAAGGACGGCUGGGGAAAAACUGCGGACGCCAGUGCGUGGAAUAAAAAUGUUGGAAUUGCCGAUGGAACCUCAUCUUGGAAUAAAAAAGAUGCGGAACCUUCAAGCAACAAUCAAGCUGGUGGAUCUUCUUGGAGCAACCCAGAUGGUGGGUCCAGUUCUUGGAGUAAGCAAGGUGGGGAAACCUCUUGGAGCAAAGGCAAGGAGGAUGUCUCGUUGGAGAAUCAAGAUGAUGCAUGGGGUAAAACUACUGAACUUGCUGGUGGAAGUUCUUUGAAUAAACAAGAUGUGGAACCUUCAUGCACCAAGCAAGAUGGUGGAUCAUCUUGGAGCAAACCAAGUGGAGGUUCCAGUUCCUGGGGUAAGCAAGGUGGGGGAUCCUCUUGGAGCAAACCUGAAGAAAAAUCUUCAUGGGGCAAGGACGAUGUCUCAUUGGAAAAUCAAGGUAAUGAUUCAUGGGGUAAAACUACUAAAGUUGCUGGUGGAAGUUCUUGGAAUAAACAAGAUUUGGAACCUUCAUGCACCAAGCUAGAUGGUGGAUCAUCUUGGAGCAAACCAAGUGGAGGUUCCAAUUCUUGGGGUAAGCAAGGUGGGGAAUCCUCUUGGAACAAACCAGAAGAAAGAUCUUCUUUGUGGAAUAAGGAUGAUGCUGGAAUGGAAGAUAAAGGUGAUUUUCAAUCUGGGAGUUGGGGAAGGGGCCGGAGCUCUGGUGUAACUAGAGGGAGAGGUUAUAGUCGAGGAGGAAGAGGCCAAUUCGGGAGAGGAAGGUCUUUUGGUCAGAGAUCAGAUAAUGGGACUAGCGAGUGGGGUGGGAACUCAGGUAAUGAUUGGGGAGAUGACAGAGACGGUGCAAAUGGAGCCUGGUCUUCAGGGUGGAACAAGUCUAUCGCAAAUGAGGAAAAUUGUGGGAACGUGGCAAAAACUUGGAACAGUGGUGGAGUUUCAAAUGGUAGUCAGGCUAGUAGUUGGGGAAAAAUGGCUAGUGACACUGGGGGAGAACACUCUGGAUGGGACAACAAGUUCAGUGUGAAAACUUCUUCUGCCAAUGUAGAAGAUGGUGGAAGUAGUUGGGGAAAGAGAGAAACUCCUGCUGCAAACAGCAAGUCUGCUUGGGGAACUAAUGCACCAUGCUUGGAGAGAAACUCAUCGUCUGCUGAUGGUGGCAAAAGUGAUUGGGAUACCCAACCGGAUAGUCUAGUCAACGCACCCAACUGGGGUCAGAAAUCCACUGGCUCUGAGGUCGAUGUGAGAGUUAAUGAACCUGAUUCUUGGAACAAGAAAAGAACUUCAGAUGGAGUUUCAUCUUCAGUUUGGGGUAAGAGCAGUAAGAGGGAUGUGGAGGAUGAUAAGUUUGGUGCUUGGAGCAACAAGAAAACCUUGGAUGGAGGUCCAUCCUCAGGUUGGGGUCAGAGCAGUAAGUUGGUUGUAAAUGAUGAUAUGGGUGCUGCUUGGAGCGACAAGAAAACCUCAGAUGGAAGUGCAUCCUCAGGUUGGGGUCAAAGCAGUAAGGUUGUUGUAGUGGAUGAUAAGGUUGCUGCUUGGAGCAACAAGAAAACAUCAGAUGGAGGUUCAUCCUCAGGUUGGGGUCAAAGCAGUAAGACCGAUGUAGAGGAUGAUAAGGUUGGUGCUUGGAACAACAAGAAAACGGGAGAUGGAGGUUCAUCCUUUGAUCUGGGUAAGAACAAGUGGGGUGGAGCAUCUGACGGUGAUGGUGGUUCCUCUGGCUGGGGUAAAAGCAAAUGGAGUGGAGCAGCUGAUGCUCAGGGCAAUGAGAACUCUUGGAGUAGUAACAAGUGGAAAUCAGAGAGUAAUUUUGGCAGUGCUGCAGAGCAGACUGACACUUUUGGUGACAGGGGAAGGGGUGGAUCGUGGAGAGGAGGUCGAGGUGGAAGAUGGGGGCAAGAUGGAGGUGGUUUUAGGGGUCGGGGUGGUCCUGAGCGUGGUGGAUUUGGCGGCCGAGAAAAUUCUGAACGUGGUGGAUUUGGGGGCAGAGGUUGGUCUGACCGGGGUGAUUUUGGAGGAAGAGGUAGAUCAGACAGGGGAAGAGGUUUUGGAGGUAGGGGUGGAUCGGACUGGGGAGAUUUUGGUGGUAGAGGUGGCUCUGAUAGGGGAGGAUUUCGUGGUAGAGGUGGUUUUGGAGGACGAGGACGUGGAAGGAGGGAUGACUGGAAUAAAAAUGAAUCUGGUGAAGAAAAUGCGUCCUAUAGCUGGACUAACUCAUCAAAUAAGGAUAGGAGCUGGACAAGUAACGGUAGUGGAGGGAACUGGGGUAGUGGUGCUGGCGAUCAAGGAAAGUGGCAGAGUGGGAAUUCUGGAUGGACUGCUGCCGGUGGAGAUAAUAAACAAUCCGCGGACUGGAGCAGUGGACCGAGCAAACUUGGUGGAAGUGAAGGUAGUGCCGGUGGCUGGAACAAGGGACCCAGUAAAGAUACAGGUGGCAGAAGUGAUGGUAACACUGAUCGCUGGAAUAGUGGACCAAGCGAAGAUAUCGGUGGAACUGAUGGUAACACUGGUGGCUGGAAUAGUGGACCGAACAGAGAUAUUGGCGGAAGUGAUGGUAACACUGGUGGCUGGAACAGUGGAUCAGGCAAAGAAAAUCGUGGACUAGAUGCAAAUGCUGGUGGCUGGAAUAGUGGACCGAGCAAAGAAGAUCAUGGAAGUGACACAAAUGCUGGUGCCUGGAGUAGUAAAGGAAGCACUUUAUCAGGCCAACCAGCAGCCGGUGAAGGUACUGGUGGUAGUGGUACUAGUGCUUGGGAUAGAGGAGCUUCUAGUUCAUGGGAUCAGAAAAAUGAGGACAAGGGCAAAUCUGGGUGGUCAUGGAACUAAAAUGGUACGUUUUCCUUUUUCACUUGUGUUUUUCUGUUAAGUUUUAUGCUGUAAGAAUGUUUGGCAAAACUUAAAUCUUUAGAAGCUUUUUCUUGAGUCUCGGAUUGUUAGUGAUGCAACUGAUUGACAAGGUGGUCAACCAAAGUUUAAUGUACAUAUGGGGACAUAGACAAUAGGUCUCUUCCUGAACGAUUGUAUACAUGGUUUCAUAUCUGUGUUAACACUUUAGGUCUUCUGAGGUCAGAUUUAUAAAAAGGUUACUCAAAAAAGUUAUUUUUUAGAAAUUCCUGAAGCAUGAUCAUUACUUGUAGGGGGAGAUGAAGUGAUAUUUGUUCUCCUGCUUCGUCAGACCUCUAACUCCUUGGAUAGAUCUAUGAAUAUGACCCAUAGCGUAAGGAAUUGGUGCAAUAUGCGAUUAUAGCAAUUCCAUUUCUUGCAGAAUGAUUCCUGGUUCUUUAUUCUUUUUUUGAAAGUGAUUUCCUAAUGUUAAUUUACAGCUGGAGCUAAAUCCUCUAACCUUUCUGAUUUCAAAUUUUAUGGCUAGUUAAUUGUCCGAAAGUUGAAUCUAAUCAUUUUACUCUACUUCAUUUGGAUAGGUACAGUCUAACAGAUGCUAGAGUGCAUGGUUCAUAGAAUGUAUGGUUACUGUUCAGUGCAAGUCUUUUGGAAGAAACUCAGGGAUCCAGCUCUAUUUACUUAUCUAUUUUGCUAGGUUGGAUGUUGGAGAUGAGUUUGUUCUUUUGAUGUUCGCUCUUAGUAGAUGACUUAGCCCUCUGUAAAUGCUCGACCGUUGUAGGCUUUAUGUAUGUUUGGUUUUUGUGAUCAACAAACUUUACCGUUCUGAAACCUGGAAGAAAGGUUCAUUUGACCAGUUCCUGAGUUAAAUUGAUUGCCCCAGGAUUGAAUGUUUUGAAGGAGCUUUAGCAAUAUUUUCUUGCACCUUUUUUUUUGCUCUUUCUUUUUCCAUAUACAGUGUUUAUCCCGCAAAUUGUGCAGGUUGUUCAAUAUUAAAAUUAAUGAUAUAAAUAAUAAUUGUGUAAUCUUUAAUGUCGACGUGUUUUGUUAUUUCUAGUAUAUUUGGAAUAAUUUUUCAAUAUUCAAAAUCAU